AUGCACCGCGCUCGUUCGGCUGUGCUGACUUCAGAUGAAAUUGUGGAGGUACGCGCUGCUCAACGAACCUUCGAAGGCGCCUAUGUCCGAACAGCACUUUCCCAGUUUUCCUUUGCCCUCGUUGUGUUGAAGAUCUUCACCGCCGAAUUCUACAGUAUUGGUGCACUAUUCGCAAUCUAUGGAACUGGAGUCCUGAUGAUUGGCUUAUUCCGUCGCUCCCAGGGAAAUCGUCAGUUCUUCUCGGAGAUAGGCGAAGAUGGAAUUCACCGUCACAAAUUCCGAACUAGUGGAAAUGCAGUGGUUGUUCUGACUGCACUGAGCAUUGCAGCAUACGUCUGCUUAAUCGGUCUGACUAUUUCGCUGGAAAAUUGA